AUGGACAACAUUGCUUCGUCAAACACAGCUGGUGGAGGCGCAGGCCAUAAGCCACUGAUGUUUAGAAGUAUGUUUGCCACGAUGGACCCUCACUUCACAUUGGAACUCAUCAACAAUAUAUGUCGUGGCGUAUCAUCACAGAAGACAUCCGACAUCUUCUACUCAUUGAUAGCUCUAUUGGAUGAGCACUUUAUCGAGUUGCUACGUGUCUACAUUAGGAUACUUGAGCCAUCUCAAUCAUCAGCAUCACCUAGUGUUGCCAACAGCGUCAUCAUCAAGAAGAGCAACAGCAGUAGUAGCAUAAGUGAUGAUGAUAACUCAUUCCUGAGUCAUAAGAAUGUCGUGAACAGAAUGGCAUCAGCAUACCUCAAGACACAUACAUCACAUACUAUAGAGACAUUACUGACUGCUCAACUACAGGCGAUAUCAACAGGAAACCAUGGUACCAAUGGCGAGCUGAAUGGAGACAUGCCACCAUUGCCCAUGAUUGGACUUGGUGGCGCAGCCUAUGACGAACAUACACUUCUCCAACUGGCAACAUCUAUCAUCAAUAGUCUACACAAGUCUGUGGACAGGUACUCACCGCAGACCUAUCAUCUGAUGGAGGUGCUACUGAAUGACACACGAUCACUCGGUCAAACAUACCAUGUCGAGCUAGCCAAGCGUGUAUUCUUCACGAAGCUCGUCUGCCCUAUCCUGGCCAAUCUGAAGCCAGCGGCAUGGCCCAUCACCAGUAACACCAAGCGACUGUGUGUCGAGCUGUCCAGGGUCAUCUCAGAUAUCGUGGAGAAUGGCGGAGUCACCGACAUCAAUGGCGCCAGUCCAAAUCCUAGUCCAAGUCUAUCACGCACGAUGGACUCACCUCGCCACCUCCACACUCAGCAACUCGACCCAACACUCUUGAUCAAUGACUUUAUAACACUUAUGGGCAGUCGCUUCCAAAAGACAUCAAGCUAUUCAAACAUCAACUCAUUGAUGGCCAACAGACAGACGAGUGGCCCCGUCUCCAACAAGGACGAAGCCUUUGCCUACUUUGUCCACUAUCUCAAGACCGAGUACGUUCAGCUUGACGAGUUCUUCCGCAAGUCCAAGGACGCCGGUGGUUUCCAAGCCGAGCGUAACUUCUAUCUCUACGGAAUAUUCAAAGAGCUCAUCAAUGGCAUCAAGUCGAUGUCCAUGGGCAUUGGCUUGGGAGGCUUCAUGAAGCCUAGUAUCAAUGGGAGCAACGUAGGAGGAGGAUCAGGAGGAUCAGGAGGCAGCGACAUGACACCAGUUAGCAUAACUCAUAGUCGAUCAAGGUCGGGCAACUUGGACAGCACCAAGGACAUCUCUGGGUCACCAUCAACAAAGCGCGAUCAUAGGGAUGGCGGAGUGGGCAACAUCGUCGAGUUUAAGAAGUGGGCUUCAGACGAGCUCAAGUCGACAUACAAUGGACGAUCAUACAAGCGUCGUUGCCAGGUGUUGGACACGCCAAUCAAACAGAAGGAGGUGUUCACGUUCAACAUCUUCCUCUCAGACACCAAUGUCGUGUUGAAGAGUAUCCGUGUGCCAAUGACUGCCACUGUUGGUUCGAUAGUUAGUCGAUUGUUAAGUGGAAAUGAGAUGCCAGACUUGGUCUUUGGCUCAGCUUCAUCGGUAUCCGAGUAUGAGAUGUGCAUUCGAUAUGGCGAGAGAGUACAGAUAUUGGGCACAACAUGCGAGGCGGGAAGUCCAAGCGAGGUUAGGUGCGAGCUCGACAUGCCCCUGUGGAUGUAUGAUGUAGGGACAUACUGCCAGUUCGUCUUGCGUCCACAGAAGAAGCGAUCGCAACAGCAGCAGCAGUUCUCAAUCUACCUCAAGUGUUUGUGCCCGUCAGUGUCAGAGAGCCCGAGCACACUGUCACCACGCGAAGCAGUGUCCCCCGCGACAAAGACCAAUAGCACGCCCGUGAUCAUACUGGCGAGUCUCCAAUCAACUCCAACUUCCAUCAUUAACGACAUCCUGCUUAAGCAGAUCGUGCAGCUGGACCCAGCGCGACUUAGUCUCUUCCUCUACGACAUGGAGGAGACUGCCACCAGCACGACACCCAUACAGCUCGCAAGCGAACGAGUAUUGGCCAUCAACAAGAUAGGCUCAAUGGACAUCAUUGAGUGCGGUUAUCGACAGGCCUACGAGCUAGCCUCCACUCUCAAUGGCAACUACUUCACCACGGCUAUUGACCACGAUACAACAAUCGAGAACGCCACUGGAUCACUUCUCGGCUUGGUCGAGAGCCAGAGUCGACUUGGGUUCGGCGCGGCCGCCCACCACGGCUACACGCUGGCUCACGUCUCGCAGAUGAACAGGUUGCUCAGUGUGUUGGCUUCGGGUAGCAAACUGUCCGACUACCAACUGAGUGUUGGCGAUGAGGUGGUGCUGACACCAGUACGACUAGUUACCACCGUUGAUAUCAUGGCUAGGAACAACACAAACAACAACAAAGAGUCAUCAUUGACGCAGACUCAUCAACAACAGGGUGGAAAUAGCAGACUUGUCCAAUACCUUACGAACAAGGAGAGAUUGUCAAGAAACAAGUUGUUGCAGCAACAGGACGAGAUUGCCAGCGCAGGCACAGGGGCGACGAUCCGCCACGUGUUCAGAAUCACUUGGAUCGGACCAAGCCAACCGCCCCACACUCAAUCACACACCAACUCAAACGCAUCAAUCAGUAACAGCAACAGCAAUAGCAGUGGCAACCUACUGAGGAGUCCCCUCCAGAUCUCGAAUGGUGGAGGUUCAUUCUCACCACUCCUCAUCAACAACAACAACAACAAGUUGAACUUGGCACCAAUGGAGAGGAAACAAUCAAUCUUCUUGUCAAACACUCUUACCCUCGACCCGUCAUUGGUAUCGCGCAGCAAGGUGGACUACUGUAUCAACAGCGACUUGAAGUUGUGCUUCUUGGGUGACGAGAACCCCGACAAGUACGCCCUGUUCAACAUGUUCUUGCGCGCAACAGUCAACCGAUAUGAGACUCCGGGACCCACCAGUCCAUUCGGCGGAAGCAGUGGCAGCAGCAUGUUUGCCAGCCCGCUGGCCAAGUCGACCGAGGUGCAGGGUACCGAGUGUGGUGUGCGCUUUGCCGACUGGACAUUCAUGCGACCCGACCAGAUGGACUACCUGUCGACAUACAAGAUGUACUACUUUAGUGGAGUGGAGCAGUUCCAGGCGACACACCCUCUUUUCAUCACGCCCGAGUCGGUGUUUGUGAUCACCUACCCAGCACAACUACUAGUAGAGUCGACCAUUGAGUAUUGGAUGCAGAUCAUACAGGCUAAGGCACCCGGCUCAUCAGUAGUGAUCAUUGGCACGUCCACAGACGACGUGUCCAAGCGCACGCAGUUGGUGUCACAGACACUGUUGUCGCGAUACACAAAUGUGGCACACAGUGUAGCGGUCAACAUCAAGAGUCUAAGACAUGUUCGUGACCUGAUAUACACAAUCCAGGACAUUGCCAAACAGAAGCAAUUCCGCAACAAGAUACCCAUCUCUUAUGUCCUACUCAGGAACCAGCUGCUUGAGACGGCGCGCGAAGCUGAGCGCACCAACUCAGUGCCAGUAACAUCGCGAGCACGAAUCGCCUCUAUUGCCAAGUCGAUCGGGCUGGCCAAAGAUGAGGUUGAUGACGCCAUACUCUACCUCCUGCGCUGUGGUGACGUCCUUUCUGGCAACAAUGGAAGUGUAGACAAUGGUGGACAGCUGGCCGAUCUGCUCUUCCUGAGCCCGGCAUGGCUGUCCAAGCUACUGGCCACCGUGUUCACGUUCAAGCACCAGAAUGGCUACUUGAUGCGAAGCUCGAUGUACAAGGCAUGGGAGGAUCGAUACCCACGCACAUGCUUCGCGUCCAUGUCCAUGCUGCUCGAGCACUUUGACAUCAUACACAGCGGAGGCGACAACGAUUCUGAGAGCGUCAUGGUGCCCAUGCUAUACAGCGAGGAGAAGCCAGCGGUCACCGCCGGUCUCUGGCCCGAGUUCCAGGCCGCCGACGUUCUUGACAAGGUGCACCAUGAGCGCAUCUUCCAGUUCCAGUUCCUUCCCAAGGGCUUCUUCUCGCGUCUGUCCAUCCGGCUACUGCAGGUAUUCGACCCGCUGUCGAUCUGGUACAACGGUAUUGUGUUGCAGUAUGGAGGCCAAGUGUUUGGAGGAAUUGCACGCGGUGAGAUUGGCCAGACAUGCAUCGAGUAUGAUUCGACACACUACACACUCAAGGUGAUGGUACGCGACAAACACAAUGGCACGAUGCUCAAGAAUCUGAUCGAGAUCAUCUCGUCGUUCAUACUCUGGUACUUCCCCGACCGACUCGUGAACACAUACGUCACCUGUACCCACUGCAUCGAGCAGCGUAUACGCGACAAUCCAACACGAUUUUCAUUGGACGUGCUGGAGAAGGAGGCAUCACAGGGCAACAAUCAUGUGUUGUGUAAUGCCACCAACCUCAUACGAAUCAAUGAGCUUGCAUUUGAGGUGACGAUACACAGCAACAAGUCAUUCUCUAUCAUUGACACUGAAGAGCUGAUGGUUGGACCACCUCUCGGCUCUGGCUCGUUCGCCACAGUCUAUAGAGGUAUCUGGAACCAAUCCGACGUCGCCAUCAAGAAGCUCAUCCUAGACGAGGACGACACAAGCACAGAGAAGUUCAGGGAGUUCAGACACGAGGUGCAGAUCAAUGGUGAGCUACAUCAUGAGAAUAUAGUGUCGCUCAAGGGAGUCACGAUGAACCCUUUCUGCAUUGUGACAGAGUUGUUGCGAUUCGGAGACUUGUCCAAGUUCUUGCGAAACACCAGUGAUGCAUUCACAUGGUCCACCAUUCUAAAGCUUGCCAUGGACAUUGCCCAAGGCAUGAACUUCCUACACAGCUGCAAGCCAAUGGUCAUCCACAGGGACCUUAAGAGUGCCAACAUCCUCAUUGGAGGACAAUCAAUGGAUACAUUGGUGGCCAAGGUGUCUGACUUUGGACUGUCAGUGCGCCACAUUGACAAGGAGGUCAAGGGUAGGAAGGUGUGGAAUUGGAGAUGGUUGGCACCAGAGAUAAUCAAGAAUAUGCAGUACACAGAGAAGAUUGAUAUAUACUCGUACAGCAUGGUCAUUUGGGAGUUGAUCACGAGGGAGGUGCCAUUCGAGGAGUUCUUUGCCGAGCUCAAAUGGAACAACGUCAUCGAGGACAAGAUCAUUGGUGGCUUGCGACCAACAAUACCUGCCACAUGUCCCGAGGCAAUGGCCAAUCUGAUGCGAGACUGUUGGCACGACGACCCCAAGCUGCGUCCAUCAUUCGCCGACAUCAUCACCGCACUAAAGAGCAUGCAGCAAUCAUUCCCGCUGUCCACCAAGGUCGAGUACUCUCGAUCCAUCUAUGAUGCGGAGGGUGGUGGAGUCGGAGACUCACCCUCGUCGGGCGGCGAUGCGACUGCCACGCAGACGUCAGAUAUUUCACCAUUCAUCACGCCACGAAGUCUGGCCUGUUCGCCAAUCUCUGAGGCGCUGAUGGAAUCACCACGCAGCUACACAUCGAGAGUUGGCGAAGAAGGACUUGGAAUCAACAUACUCAAACAGUCUUUGAGCUCAUCAUUCACGUUCUGUCAGCAAGAGGAGAGUCCGAUCGCAUUCAAAGAGUGUCUAUCGUCUGUGUUGACAUCUUCCAUCUUGUGCAUGAUGUACGUGCACCUGCGCCAGGAGCCCCAAGUAUGGUGUGGAUGCGCCGAUGGUUCAGUGACUGUUAUCAACGUCCACACCAAGGUGAUCAUAUCAUCUUACCGUAGUGCCGAUGCUACCAAGAUCCUGGGCAUUGUGCGAGUGUACAAGUCUAGCAAGAUCAACCCACUCACUGUGGACGAUGACAUCCAAGUUUGGGCCUACCAUCAGGAUGGUAUCACAGUCUACGACCCGAAGCAACCCUAUAAGCCACUCAAAGUGAUCAAGACUAAUGUUGGAUCAAUGUUUGAUGAUGGCAAGUCUGUGUUCUGCACUGGCAAAGAGAAGAAUGUACAGGUCAUCAAGGUGUUUAGCAAGACGAAGUUGAAGUGUAAGAAGACUAUAUCACUGGCCAACAGAAUGGCGGUCACUCUCGACAGCUACCCAAUCACAUCGAUGUGCUUGGUGAAGGGAGUCACAUCGGGCGUGCGAUGCUGGAUGGGCAAUGAAACGCGGACAUCUAAGCUUGGCCGAUACAUAUGGGUGGCGAGCGAGCGAACGCUGAGCAUCUACGGCAGUUCCAGCACGGGCGUGCAGAUUGCGCCUCAGAAGAAGUACGACAAUGUGACGGCACGCGUCAUGAGCCUGGCGCUGCACGAACGACUGGUGUACGCGCCCUGCUGGGAUGGCUCCAUCCUGGUGUUUGACAAGGACACGCUGCAGUGCGUGCACCACUUUGUCAAGAAGCACUCGUCCGAUCCCAUUAGCUUCAUCGUCUCUGUCAAGACAUCGUUGUUCACAUCAGAGUUGUGGGUAUCUGGUUGGGACAAACGUAUAGCCGUCUAUACAUUAACUUCAUCAGACAGCACAUCCGAUCAUCAUCAUACACACAUUCAAGGAGUGUCAGCAUCAUCAUUCGAUGACAACAUAAUCUACACCAUCACUCAUCCCAAUUUACUACCAUCGUCGUCCAACCAUACCAACUCCUCUUCUUCUUCCACAAUGACUGCACAGUCAUAA